GCGGCUCGUGGCGCCGAGCGACCGGGAUGGUUUUGGCAGAGGACCGGCAGCGCCGAGCCGGGCGGAACGCUGGUGCGCGGAACGCUCAGCUCAGCUCCCUUUCCCAGCCGGCGGCGCCGGGAGGACCACGCGUGGGGGCGGACCGCCGCGGUGGCCGCGCUGCGGGCGCGAUGUGGAGCCGUGUCCGUGGCUGGGGCGGUGCGGCCAGGGGCUCCUGCGGGCUCGCGGUGCGGCUCCUGGCCGGCCGGGAGGUGGUGGGGGUAGCGCGGCAGCAACGGAGCUCUUGCAGCAAAAUACAGAAAUUCUUCAGCACAAGCAGCGUGUUUUCUACUGAGAAAGAUAAAUCUACCCCUUCCAAAGACAGCACUACUGAAGAGGAAUCAAAGAGCAAGGAGGAUGCAGCAGAAACACCAAAGAAGAAACUGUUAGACAUUAUUGGUAACAUGAAGGUAGAAGUGAGCUACAGGAGAAAACUCCAACAGUUAAAAGCACAAGAGAUGAAAAAGCAAGCCAUAAAUAAGCUGGAAAGCCCAGACACCGAAGGUGCUGUGCUUCAGAGAACUAGAGAAGGGAUCCAGCGAGGCAGGCCUUUAAAUCCAGAACUGGUCGAGGCCGCUUCUGCAGUUGCAUCUUCCCUACCACUCGAUAAGAAGCAGACAGAAUCAGAACUACUUGCACAACUAAAACGACAUGAAGAAACCACAGAUAAACAGAAAAAGGGGGGAAUUGUUAACUUACGUGACGUUAUUUCAGGAAUGGCAGUUAAAAGGCAGUCCCCAGCUCAGAGAGGUGUGAGGAUAUCUAGUCGCAUUUCCUUGGACUUUGAUGAGGAUGGUCAAAGAAUGAAGCCGGGAAGAUUUUCACCUCAGUCUUCUGACUCUGGAAGAAGUCUCAAAGUAGGAAAGAGGCUUAAUAUAUUCACUAAGGCUUCUACAGAAACACAAAGCACACUGAAAACAGUAUCUUCACCAACUAUCUGGGAUCUGGAGUUUGCGAAGGAGGUUGCAGCAGUAACUGCACAGCCUCCCCGGAACGGUUUUGAGGAGAUGAUUGAGUGGACGAAAGAUGGACUACUGUGGGAGUACCCAGUUGACAAUGAAGCUGGGAUGGAAGAUGAUGCUGAAUUUCAUGAACAUAUCUUUCUGGAGAAACACCUCAAAGACUUUCCCAGGCAAGGACCUAUUCGCCACUUCAUGGAACUAGUCAUCUGUGGGCUUUCAAAAAACCCACACCUCAGUGUUAAACAGAAGAUUGAACAUAUUGAGUGGUUUCACAAGUAUUUUGAAGAAAAGAAGGAAUAUCUUAAAGACAUUUGAGACUUGGGAAAGUGUUUAACCUUGAACUAAAGAAUCGUUACAUCAAAAUUGACAAUUUCUUAUAAUGGAAAUACAGAGUAAUCAUGUGAC